CUCUGCAACAACAAUGGCUCUUCUUGCUUAAACUCCAAGUUCCCAGCUUAAACUCUACUUGGUUUCAUCUAAAAGGAGUCAAGCUUUAGCUUUCUUGAACUUUCCCACUCAAGAAAGCAAGUUCUUUCUUUCUUUCCAUUUCAGGCCUUUUGUCACUUUCACAGUUUCACUUCAUGAACCGCUGUGAGGAGUUGAUAUAACUCGUAGUUUGGUUUUCCGGCGUCACAAUGCCGCCGUCGUACUUCCCUCUCCGGUGGGAAAGCACCGGAGACCAAUGGUGGUACGCGUCGCCUAUUGACUGGGCAGCAGCCAACGGCCACUACGACCUCGUCAGCGAGCUUCUUCACCUCGACACCAACCUCCUCAUAAAGCUGACGUCCCUCCGCCGCAUCCGCCGCCUCGAAACCGUGUGGGACGACGAGGCUCACUUCAGUGACGUGGCGAAAUGCCGCUCUCAAGUCGCCAAGAGGCUUCUCCACGAGUGCCAGACGCAGAGUGGCCACAACUCUCUGAUCCGGGCCGGCUACGGCGGCUGGCUGCUCUACACCGCCGCCUCAGCCGGUGACGUGGCGUUUGUUAAAGAGUUGUUGCAAAGAGACCCUCUUUUGGUGUUUGGGGAGGGAGAGUAUGGUGUGACUGAUAUCUUUUACGCUGCCGCUAGGAGUAGGAAUGGUGAGGUUUUCAGGGUGCUGCUAGACUUCUCGGUGUCGCCGAGGUUUGGUGAUCGCAAUGGGGAGGUGGUGGAGAGUAGGUCGGAGUUCAAGUGGGAGAUGAUGAACCGGGCGGUUCAUGCGGCGGCGAGAGGUGGAAAUCUAGAGGUUUUGAGGGAGUUGGUUGGGGGAUGUGGUGAUGUUUUGGCUUAUAGGGAUGCUCAGGGCUCUACUGUCUUGCAUACUGCCUCUGGUAGAGGGCAGAUUGAGGUGGUUAAGUAUCUGAUAGCAUCCUUUGAUAUCAGCACCUCUGUAGAUAGUCAAGGGAACACAGCUCUACAUGUUGCCGCUUACAGGGGUCACUUGGCUGUGGUGGAAGCGCUAAUUGGUGCAUCUCCCUCGCUAGCCUCUUUAUCGAACUACUAUGGAGAUACAUUUCUGCAUAUGGCAGUGGCUGGUUUCCGAGCUCCUGGUUUCCGGAGAGUGGACAAACAGAUUGAGCUCAUCAAGCAAUUAGUAUGCGGUGAUAUUGUGAACAUGCAGGACAUCAUUAAUGAUAGGAAUAACAAUGGAAGAACUGCUCUUCACAUAGCUGUAAGUGAGAACAUUCAGUCUAGUGUAGUGGAACUCCUCAUGACUGUUCCAUCAAUAGAUCUGAACAUCCGUGAUGGUGAUGGCAUGACGCCGCUAGAUAUUCUUAAGCAAAGGCCAAAGUCACCGUCUUCUGAACUUUUGAUCAAGCAGUUGAUUUCAGCUGGAGGCAUCUCCAAGUGUCAAGACCAUAAAGCAAGGAGUGCCAUUGUUUCUCAUUUGAGAAUGCAUGGUAUUGGGAAUAGUCCUGGAACCUCUUUCCGAAUCCCUGAUGCAGAGAUAUUCUUGUACACAGGCAUUGACAAUGCUUCUGAUGCCAGUGGUGAUCAGUCAUGUUUACAAUUCAGUAGGUGCUCAGGUGAAAUAAGUCAGGUUGAUUCGCCUAACUCAGUGAGCAAUAAGAAGAUUGGUUCUGUGAAUAAUGCUGCAAGGCGCCUUAAGUAUCUUCUUCAAUGGCCAAGGAGGAAAGAAAAAAAGGAAUCUAGCAGAGACUUGGGAGAUGCUGAUUCCGUGGAUUCAUAUAGUCCAUCUACAGAUUUGGAAGACAAUCCAAUCCCACUUCGGCAGAUGUACUCAAAAUCUUCAUCCCUUCCCAACAACAAAAGGAUACAGUCUGCUAGGACUUAUCUUCCAAGCCCCUAUACCAAAAUGAAGUAUACUGCUGGUCUAACACAUGGUGUAAUUCAAGCAGUGCCUAAUUUUGCUUUUCCAGCUCAAUCAAAUGUAAGUCCUCUGUCACGAUCAUCAAUGUCUUCACCUGCCUUGGUGGACAAGGAGAAGGGUGUUGACGAUGCAGGAUUGUCUCGUGCAAAUGGGAAAGCAUCAGUGGUGCACUCCAGACAAAGUUCCUACAAUAGGAAGUUGAUAAACCACUAUUUGUGUGUUGGUGCACAAGGUGUGGAGGCUGAAGAAUCAAUUAGCUCUACAUGGCCAACUCGGAGCUUCAAGCAUUCCACUUCCUUAGUUGCUUGAUCAGACUGUACAAACGAGUCAGCCGUCUUGGUUACACCUAUAGAUAGAGAAGAAUUUUGGUGAGUUCUCUCAAAAAGUUCUGUUCUUUAUAUCUAUUGUGUCUUUGUUUUUGCUUCCAAUAUAGAUCACAUGUUCUGUAUAUCCAUAGUUGGUGUGAGCUUGUCCAUGGCUAUUGUAUCGUUCUCAACAUGAUCAAUACAAGAUCUUUGUUAUCGAAAUU